AGGAGGGAAGUAAAGAAACAACUCUUAUGAAUGGCAAACAGGUUCGCUUAGCCAGCAUCUCAGGACAGCCUUUGUUGCUAUCUAAAGGCAGAUACAAUUUGAGAAAACUUCACGAACUUCCUGUCCAGCUUAUUCGAAGUCAGCGAUGGGACGAGUUGAAAAACGAAGUGCUCUGCAACUUCUAUUGGCUCAAGACAAAGAUAGAGGUGCGGUCGCUAAGGUGAGGCAAGUUCUUCUGAUCGGCCAUUGAGUACUGAGUACCCUGGCCUUGAAUGAAAGCGAGGCUGGAGUUGAACUUUGUUUUGUUAGAAAUCUCACUUCUUUCAAACAUACAUCUUUUCUUUCAAACAUACAUCUUUUUCUUAUGCAUAUGAAUUGCACAGAGGUUUCUAUCAAAAGGAAGUCGACGCCAACCUCGCUUCCACAAAUAAUGGCCCAGUUCUGUUAUUUAAAACUUUUUUCAGGCGUUGAAGCUCUUUUCCGACGUCUGUUGCAACGGAUGGAAAGGAUGGACAUGGAUUAAAACAAAAACGCUGGGCCAAUUUAAAGUUUCAAUACUGUAGCUCUAAAAGUCACCUAAAAAUAAAUUAUUAUGCUUACUGCUCCCUAAUUAAAUGUGUUUGAUAUCUUCAUAACUCUAAAGGAAAAUUUUGUCACGGACGCCCCACGACUUGUUUCUGUAAAAUAUCUACAUGUAUAUCGGAGAAACAAAUAUUGCCUAGAAUUUUCUAUUACUUGAAGACGGCUAAAAAGUUCUAGAUGACCGUUCCAUUUAUGUACAAUUUUCGAAGCUUAUCUCAUAAAUUCCCUACGAUUUUCUGAAGUUUAAUAUUUCACUUUUCGCACUCCAGGUCAGGGUAUUUUUCCUAGGAAAAAGGAAACGUAAAAAUCUCGGAUUCAAAAAAGUGAUGGAGAGAGGAAUCCAAAAAAAUUUCCCUUUCGUAGUGCGCUAAAUUGCAUCAAUAAAAUUCUCAGGAAAAUAGUACUGAAGCCCUUGUAAUUUCGAGACUCAAGUUCCCCUAGGAUGACUGAACAGGUACAAAUUUUAUAGCGCCGCUUAGGAAGCAUUUCUUGAGGUCUAAAAUACUCUGGAUAGCCUAAAAAGGGUUUUCAAUGCAUUUGGGAGGAAACAGUUGUUGGGUGCGCCAGUUUUUGUGUAAGGGUAAGGACUCUUAGUAAUGACUUCAGCUCAGAAUUGACCUUAAACAGCGAUUUUCUUUGUGACAUAUCCCCUUUAAGUUACUUGUAUAGUGCGGGGAAUUUUAAUAUUGAAAUUUUUUAUUCGUUCCUUACAGAUCUGUGUUGGAUAACUUCUGCAUGGCCAUGGACGUUGUGAAUGAUCCUGACAUCGCUGCAGUGGCAGAAACUCUUAAACUUGCUCAAGAUGCUAUAUUAAGUGAUCCCAAGCAGCUAGCCUCGCAGUUAGUGGCGAGACUUUACGAGGUUUGCUAAAAGCAAUUUGUAGUCCAGCUGAGGCCUAUUUCCCUUUCGUAAACAGUCGUUGCCAUUUUUAACGGUCGAUGCCACCAUUUGUCACCUUAGUCGUGAUAGAUGCAAUAUAUUGCGUGGAUCAAGUCACAAUAAGGCAAAUAAUAACGUUUUUGAAGAGUCUUAGAUUGUUUGAUUGAUUGUUUGUUUUUGUCUUUUUUUGUUUGUGAAGUCAAAGUUGAAUUUACGUUUAAAGUUAUGGAAACGGAUAGGGUCACCUGUUAUUGAUGUAUCAAUUAAGAGAGACAGUCUGUGAGUUUAUGUACUUAAAUAUUUCGGAAUUUUGGCGGGUCGUUGUGGUAGUGUAGUGGUAAGGGAUAGAGAUUAGGGUACGAAAGGUCCGGGUUCGAGGUCUGGUUUGACCCUGGGUUGCGAUAUUCUUUCUUUUUAAUAGAAACACUCUUAAUAACAGUUCAAAAGGGACAACUGCUCCGCCAAGCCUUACGGCUUUUGAUGCGGCUAUAAAAAUAGAGAGCUUUAGGUUUGAGGACGAGGACGAGUACGGGAUUUAACUUUAACUUUUUUCACGUACUCUCUAAGAAUAUUCAACCCGGAAAGCUUCAUUGUAAUAUUUUUCACCUGAAAAGUUAGUGUGGUUAUCUUUUUUGGAGAAGGUUUAGCCCGCUUUCUCGGUCGCAAAAUGAUUAAACUUCCAAAACUUCAUAACUUUGUCCCGCCAGUACCACGUUCUCGCUAAAACUCGUAGUAGAAUGACGACGGCUAUCAAAUUUUCCCGCCAAAUGACGCUGGUUCACGCGCGCGAAGUAUUUAGCUUUGAGAAAAUCCAGUUCUCGUAGUCGUCCUCGCCUUAGAAUCUAAAGCUCUCUUGCUGCUGUCACUUUUUCCAUGUUAUACGAAAUAAAAUUUGACUGCGUGUAGUCCCUUAUUUUGUGCAUGGACAGUAGACAUAGUAGUCUCCUUAGGGUCGUCACGCAACAAUCACACUGGGGAGGAGCGUUGCGUGACGACCCUAAAAACGACUGCGACGUUAGGGAUAGUAAAGUUCGUGAAAUACUUGAGGGCGCGGCCCGCCACCUUCCGUGCACGUGGCAAUUUUCACUCGCGCUUGGAUGUCUCGUGUGUACAACUAUCCCUGAUGCAAAAUAGAGAUUACUCUUGGCCUGGCUAUUGGAAGUGGAAGGGUCCUUGAGUCGUCACAAAAUGAGGUCCAUUGUAUUUGCUGCAACUUUCCUAUUGAUUAUUUUAAAUCUUUUCUGUUUAUUUUGUAGUGUAAAGUCCAGAAUGCUUGUGAAGUUCUGCCUUCAAAACUGUCACCCGUGAGUAUUAAGAUACCAACAUUCUUUAAAUACAAGUUUUUCUCCACGAAGGUUCUUAUAGCCGUGUUUUUGAAGCUUCGGUGUAGUACCCUUAGUAUAUACACAAUAGAAUGAACAGUGUCCUGCUGGCUGGACAGACCCGGAUCUCAAUCGCGAAUCUUUCUUAUUUUUUCUGUUUGAUAAACCUCUGUUGCUGCUUUUUUGUAUUUUAGGUACUCUCCAAACUUAUGCACGACUCACGCAGUCCCCCUGAGCCCACACUGAUCCCGUCCAGAGGUUUUCUGACACCCCCUGGUGGUCAGCUAGUGCAGACAUUAGUGGGCCACUCACAAAGUGCAGUGUAUGGACUGGCAGCCUCAAGUGAUGGGAAAUACGCUGUUACAGGUUAGGCAAGCCUUAAGCUACGUUUAAACGGACGCAACGUUGUUGGCCAACAACUCCCAACAUCGUUUGAUGUUGCAUGUUGUGUCCGUUUGCACAUCCUGUUGCAUGUUUCUGCUUGUUGUUGGGACGUUGUUGCGGAAAGUUUGGAACCGGUCAAACUUUUAGCCCGAUGCAAACGGAGGAAACAUUAGCCAACAUUAGGAGGCAACAUUAGCCAACAACUCCCAACAAUGUUGGGAGUUGUUGCGUCCGUUUGCACGUAGCUUAAAGGCAGAGAUUGUGAAGAAACCGAGGGUGUAAGGAGUGUUGAAAAACUAUAGGCUACCUGUGUUUUUUAGCUACCUGGUUUGCCUGUGUAGUGUGCGGUCACCUGUAAGCAACAGAAAGCGUACUACGCAACCAUGACAAUGUCGGAAAUGUCACUUAACAAGUGAAUAAACGUUAUCGCAAUUAUUCCAUUUGUUCAAUUUUUCAAAUGUGGUCUAAAUUUCUGGCCCCGGUUGAUCAAACGAUGGAUAGCGCUAUCACCGGACAAAUCACUAUCCAGCGGAUAAGUAUUAGGGAAACCAAUUGCGCCAUCCAGUGGAUAGUGAUUUGUUAUCCGGUGGAUAGCGCUAUCCAACGUUUGAACAACCGGGGUCUAGAUCGGAGUUGGAUUCUUAAUGAUCGUAUCUAUGUUCAGACUAAGGAACUGAGAAAAUCGUCGUCUUCUGUUUACGUUUACAACGUCGCAAAGAAAAGUACCAUAAAGUGUGAUAAACUUACAGAGUUGUUUUUUGCUUAUAAAGAUCCUUGCCUUUUUAGCGUUCUCGUUGCCGUUGUCGUUAGGGAGCUCACAAAACCACGACCGUAACGGCAACUAGAGGGCGUCAAAAAGCAAUACGAGACACCAAGGUUUACAAACGUUGUUUUUAUUAUUCAACUGUUUAACGAGUGAAACAAAAGAAUCUUCGGUUUCAUGAACCAAUCAACUUCUGGUUGGCACAUUAAAGUCAGCGUGAGUAUCGCUAGAAAAAUAACUUGAGAAAACAACCGACACUUCGCGACGCCAAGUCUAGUUUCUACGCGAAAUGACGUCAGAAAAACGACUGAAAUUCCAUACUGAUGACCUGUUACUACUCAGAUCUGGAUUUUGUUUCUGAGAAUCAGAAGCACUACCAAAAUCCGGGUAGUGACGCGUGAUCAGUAUGGAAUUUGCACGCCCCUAAUGGAAACCAGCUUUUGGUGAUCUAGGCUAGCUUGGAUAAAUAAAGUUGACCUCUCUCUCUCAAAAUUUUCUCGGGCUAUUUCAAGUUUGCACGUGCAUCAUGCCUUAUGGUGCAUUUCACUGGCGUCAUCUCCAAAUACGACCAUUUGUAGUGGUCAUGAAUACACAAUGUUUAGGUCAUGUAUUUAUUGUUAGUGUUGUUGUGUAUCGCAGGCUCGCAAGACGGUGUGGUCAAAGUAUGGGACAUCAAAGAUGGCUCAUUACUCUUGACCGUGCAAGAGGCUGGGGAGGAGAUUGGUUUUCUCACGUGCUGUUGUGAUGACGAGUUCAUUGUGGCUUCUUCAAAGGGUGGAAUAAGGGUGAUAUCUUUUGAAACUGGUGAAAUAUUGCACAGGUGAAUAUUUAACAGUCAUUAAAUGAGGCUGAGUAUGAUAUUAGUGCCGAAUCAUGGCAUUUCGAGGAGGGUUUUACCGUAAACUUCCGCAUAUACGACCUGGGCUUAUAAUUUUUUGUAAGGGGUUUUAUAGGAGAGCUUAUAUACGGAGGGGCUUAUAACUCGACUAAAAAACGUUUCAAAACAAGCUGCAUAGCAGUGCUGAUCAAGCUACUUUUUGAAUUUAGUCGCUUUUUUAAUCUUCAAAACGUUGUAAAAAUCGAAUUAAUUCCACAACACACUAGAGGGGGUGGGGUGGGGGUGCUUUUAUCCGGAUGUAUUUUGUUUUGUUCACAGGUAGACAGGCCUAUAACUGGGUGGAGGGGGCCUUAUAAGCGGACGUAUACAGUAUGAGGCUCACAGAGAUAUGCAUAAUUUUUCAUAUCAUACGAAAGCCGUGCUCAAUAAUUGCUUUAUAAUUCAUUUAAAAUAUUUCUUAGUUCUUAACAUCCUUUGUCUGUUUUCCUCCUUUUUUCUUUGUUUUGCAUGGUUUUACAGGGUAGAGGCAAAGUAUUUCAAGAGGUGUCCUCCAAUAACACUGGCUGGCGAAAAAGGGUCGAAACUGGUCUUUUUCAAAGAGAAGAGUUUGAAUGUAUUCUCAACUUCUUCUGGAAAACCGUUGCAUUGUUUCUCUAGCAUCAAACCUGUUGGUAAUGCGGGACAAAACAGUCUGCUAUCUUCUUGGGGCGACGUUGUUCUCUGCAAUUCAAGCGAGGAUGAAAAUUCCUUAAAAGUUCUCGACACUAAAGACUUCAAAGUACUCCAUUCUUUCAGGGUUUUUGAAGAGAAAGACGAAGAGGAGUUUCUCCAUCUUACGCAGAUAAUUAUGAAAUCUGAGAACGAAGUCCUGGUUGCUAAGAAAAUGAAGAUUGGCUUGUAUUCGGUUGACAAAGGCGAAAUAUUACGAACAUACAAGUGUAAAAUUGACGACUGGAUUCAAAACGCUUCAGUCGACUUGACUUGUAGCACGUUAGUGUUUCCUAAACGCGAUAAAGUCGCGAAACUUGAUCUUGAAACUGGCGAGCGAACAGACGUUCUACCACAUCCAAAUUACGUCUCCAAAUCUUUCGCUGUCGACUGUGAUAUGAUUCUCACUUCCGGUGGUGACAACGUUGUGAGAGUCUGGGACCUAACCCGGGAGGAUGUCCAGCGGCACUUUAACAAACCGGAAGUCUUGACGAAUAUAUAUUCAAUUCCCGGUGAUUCCCGGCACCUGGUAACAGUGGGUCGAUUAGGCAUUGACAACUUUUGUGUAACCAUUUGGGAUCCCACGACAUUGUUGCCCGUGCGAAAAAUCACAGGCAUAACAACCAGCUAUAUACAGCUUAUCAAUGAUCGAAGAGUCGCUCUUCGCGUUGACGAGCGCGUGGCGAUCGUGGACUUGCUGACUUGGAAAGUUGUAACGGUUCUCAAAGGAAAAAUUCCUGCCUACGAUUUCUUAGGGGUUGAUGAUAUCUGCGUUGUGAAUAAGAGAGAAGAAAUCCUUACUUUUGCCCACGAUCGCAAGAGUUUGAUUUUGUACAACGUCGAAACAGGUGAUCAAGUUGCAGUUUUGAAGACGAGCAGAAGUGAGCUUGAAAUCCCCCAUUUUUUCGUCAACCCUGAAGGAACAGUAGCUGUUUGGGACGUAGACAGUCUCAGCCACCAGCUGUCUGUCUGGAACCUGGAGACGAGAGAAGAGAUUUUUGUUAUCGACAGGGAGGGGUCUGAGAAGCAUACGGAAUUCACUCCUGAUGGUCGCUACUUCAUGUUCAGUGCCCGCAAGAAAAGCGAUUAUGUCGUUCGCACAGCUGUCUGGGAUAUACAAGCUAGUAAGUAUACAACAAUUAGAAAAAGCCCGGCGGGUUAGGCUUAAGGGCGCUUUCCAUUUGCCAGAACUCCUACAUUGCCGGGCCAGUCAGUUAGCAAAUGAAAUCAGCCUUUUCCGAAGGGUUUUUGCUGAAAAACUAUCUCCUUCGUGCAUACUUUUUAGGAUUUCACUGAUCUAGCUGGAUAGUUUUGAUUAAAAGUGAAUUGUCAUUACAACGGGAAUGGUUUGGCCGGUCAGUUCUGACAACUGGAAAGCGCUCUUAUACGAGGGUACUAGAAUUUCAUUUUAGGUGACUUCAUGCGGUUUUCCUCGGAUUUGUCUAUUCUAGAUUUCCAUAGUAUUGAUCUUGCGCGCAGGCGGAAAUAGGGAUGUUAUGCGUUGAGCACUAAAAGAUAACUGCCCCGUCCCCCCCUUCUUGGCCAGAUGCGCAACCAUUCUAGAACUACCAACAGUUUUUAUUACUCAAUCGACUUGGAUAAGUAGGGCCCUCCGUGCAACGAACUGAGGAAAUAGGAGACGUCUUCACGCAGGCUACCGUGGAACUUGUGGUAUAUAAGCUUUAUUUAGUGUAAAUGCCGCUGUGAAAAGUUACACUGUAAAUCAGAAAGAUCUGUUUUAGCCCUAAAAAUGGGGCCGUUUCGUUGAGUAAAAUACAGUCCUAUUUUUGAUUCUAGUUUGGCUGCUUUAGUCAGGGCCAAUACAGUCCAACUACGUAGGGCUGAUUUGGGCCCAAGGGCUGAAAUUGGUCCCAGCGAGGGAUGGAAUAGCCUUUUGAUUGAGCUGUUUUUUACCUAAAUUGUGCUCAAAUGGCUCCAAGAGGGGCUGAAUCAGAUUUUGGGCUGCAAUUCUGGAUUGGCCCUUUAGGGCUGAAACAGAUCUUUUUAAUUUUCAGUGUAAGGUUUUAGGGCGGUUUAGUCUGGGAUGGUUUUAAGAAACCAGUAAGCAUAGAUCUACAAAGGGCAUCAUUUAUUACUGAUCGUAAGUAUUAGGGCAUAGUGACAAGUGAGUCAUAUCGUAUUUGAAGCCAGAUCUGUUGAUAUCUGGCUACGAUCUGUGGCAUUCAAAGAAGAUAUCUUUUUGUUUUCUGACUGGAUAUCACUAAAUCUGUUAACAUUUCAGGGAAACACGCGCAUGAUUUGCGGUACCCGCAUGAUACAGACACCAUUUCUCUAGCGGUAAUGGAUAACUCUAGAGUGGUAACAGCUCAUAAGGACUUGAAAAUCAUAUGCUGGAACAUCGAACAAGGUAUUCAGCAAUCCACUACUACUCAGUUCAGCACAGGCAGACUUAGGCUAUUUUCACAGUAUACCGAACAGCUUUUGCGCCAUCCUGGCUCUAGAGCCUUUCUUUGUUGGCGUUUAUGUUGGCGUACUCCAGGAAGUCUCGCGUAACUAGAGAUCUUUGUUGAACAUGCGCGGCAUGUUCCUAGGAAACAGUUUCGAACCCAGGCGUAAUAGCCGUGUGCUUGCUACAGUGGGCUCGGUUAUGACCAUCGGUUUAUCUGAGAACGGAUGCUCGCACUCGAAAAAACCUGUUUGACAAGAGAAAACAGGAUUGACUAGUCCGGGAGUUUGGCCUGCGGCGAUCUCGAAGGUUUGACGUGAUUCAGGCAGAGUCUUCUUUUCUCCUCUUCAAAAGAAGGCUAUGCUCGCAUAGUGCUUUUGCGCCCACAUGGAAACCAUAGCGGAAAGGGUUCUGUUUACGCAGAAGAACGGAGAUUUCGGGGCGAUUUCUGUAACGGAGCGAAGCCACGCCGAACUCGAAAGUGGAGCGUCACAUGUCGGAUGGGUUCUAAGCCACAGUUUAGUGCAGUGUGAGCAGGUAUCGAACCGUUGCGGGAGUGAACAGGUAGGAGCGAGGACUGGAAUCCGCUGAGACGGAAGUUAAAAAUUCAGGAGUGAGGACUGGGGUUUUAGUUCACCAAACCCUGUCGUCCAACCUCUCCGGCACGAUGUUCGAUGUGUGUGAACGACAAGUUCCAGUUCUGUACCGUUGUUGUCCAUAAUAUACCGGAUAGGUUUUCAUGUCGGCACUAAAAGCUUUCUGGUAGAGUGUAAACAUAGCCGGAUUAUUUGUUCCACAAAAAACUUUUCGUCAAUCAGUUGUGUGAGCUUAUUCAAGUAUUGAUAUAUGUUGUUGUUCAAUUUUAUCAUUGGUAUAAACUUUAUUUUCUUUGUUUUGGAGUAUGAUAAUGAUUAUGGGCUGGAACUUAUAACCCGGAGCAAGCAUCUGCCAUAGUAGAUCUCUGUCACGGCGUUUAAACGGAUAGCUAAUUUUUGGAUAAAUUUAGAGCACUUUUUCCUGUAAAAUGGAAGUUCAACUCCGUCUGUGAGCGCAUUCAAAGUAUAAGAUAUAAAAAAGUGAAAAUAAACGUCAUUAAAAGGGCAAGAAUACCAUUUUCAGGUCAUAGCUUUUGCUGAAUGGUUUGCAGCACUCAAAAGAUCUUCUCAAUUCGCGCCAAAACCGUUCUAAAAAUAACCUGGUCAGUGAAAACGCCGUGACACGAGUACAUGGAAUUUGCUCGCUUCGGAUCAUGGGCUCCUGGCCGGGGAUAAUUUUUCCGUCUUCCUUAAAUAACAACUUCUCUGAAAAACCCUUUGUGUUAUUGAUUUCCCCUACUUCUUUGUCCUUUCGUUUAGGAACCGUGAUUCACACUCUUCUCAGCAGUCAUUUAAGCAAUCUACGAAUUGAUGUCGUCGCUUCCAAAGGGGAUUUUGUUGUAACCUUUGAGGAGAAGACACUGAUCCUAUGGGACAUGAAUGCGGGCGUGCAGAAAGCUACUUUUAACGCAGAUAAGGUAGGGACCUCUCUCCUGCGCAGGGGCCUCUUGUUGUGUCCGAGGGAGGUUGGGGAGAGGGAAAACUGAAAGCGCGCGGUGGUCGAUGGGAAGGGCAAAGAGAGGAAGUUCUCCCCUCCCAUCGUCCACCGCGCGCUUGCCUUUUUUUAAAUUAUUGUUAGUUUUAAUGGAAUACCCCGCGGGAGCCUACCAGAAGAGAGGUGUUAGCAAUCACUUUGGUUACUCGCAUAGAGUCACUGGUUACCAAGUGAAAUUUAUUUAUCUAUUUAUUUAUUUUUAAUAUGCUUUAUUAACCACAUAAAUCUUAAAAUACAAGUGAGAAAGAAAAUAAUAAUAAUGAUAAUAAUAAUAAUAAUAAUAAUAAUAAUAAUAAUAAAAAUAAUGAUAAUAGUAACAAAACAAAUGACAAUGAAUGUAAUAAAAAAACAGUUAUUACAACAACUCAAGUUAAAGAAUAACAAAACAAAUCACUUAAACAAUGAAAAAACCUAUGUCAAACAAAAUUCUUAGGAGAUAUAAACCAUUUCCUUUUAAUUUAACCUUUACGUGGGGAAACUUAACAUCUACAUUUACACUAAAACAGCAAAAUGCGACAAAAAACAUCCAUGAGGUGAUUUAUGUUAAUUUUUUGACUGUCGAACAACAAGUUUCUGUAAUCCCGCAGUUCUGGGCUUGAAGAACAGUUUGCACGGCUCAGGGAUGUUCUAGCAUAUUAAGAAGGGGUUUUCCUACCAGACCCCAGAUGGUAAAUAGGUGGAUAUCUAGCGUUAUCCGCCGGAGAAUAGGGAGUCUAACCCGGGGGGGGGCACUGCCAUAUAUGGGCUAUAUAGGUAUGUGCCGCUGUGAAGGGUAUGGUUUUCAAGCAGUUUACUCUAGGAUAGGGUAUAUAAAUCAGAGCGUUUGGGUCUAGAAUAGGGUAUCAUUUUUCAGGGAACUGAUCAGUUGGUUGAAGAUUUCAUCUAGACUAGGUACACAGCUACUCUAGGAUAGGGGGGAUUUGGGGAGUUCACUCUAGUAUAGGGUAGCAAAAUUCAGCUAAACUAGCUCUGGUAUAGGUUAAGGGUUCCAGGGUCCUAGCGGCACACCCCUACCCAGAAAUUCCUAAAGUACCCCCGGAGUCUAAGCAGCGACGUUAUUGAACGACGCACGUGAACCGGAAGUGGACUUUUGAACAAAUGUUUGGGCAAAUCGUUUCUAUAAGAAUUAAGACACUUGGCAAUACAAAUAUGGUAUCGUCAAGGCUUCAGUGUUAAAAGAGGAAAAGGCUCACUUCCGGCUGACGUGCGUCGCUCAAAAACGUCGCUGCGUAAGCGGAUAACGCAACUGAUUUCUCUAAGCCCUGGGCGCUUGUUUAAUUUUUGGACCUUGAAAGAGGGCGCUUAUUCGAGGUGGGCGCUUUUUCGAGCCUGGCCGCUUAUUAACUUUUCCAGCCUGUAGGUUGGACGCUUAUCCGAGGUUGGGCGCUUAAUGGAAUAAAUACUAUGCUUAUCAGCUGGAUGGUGAUUUGUCCGGUGGACAACCUGAGACCAGGCUCUAUUUUCGUUUCGCUUUCAAAAUAACAUUCCGGCGGGCAAGGCGAAACGAAAAUAGAGCCCAAUUUUAGCGGUAGCCGUUAGAGAGAAUGUAUGAGAACCGCUAAACUUAGCCUGCAGUGCAGGCGUAUUUUGAGUGGGCGAAACCUUGUUCGUGUUCGUAAUAUUGUUGUAGCCGCCAUCUUUGAUUUUAUGACAGUGGAAGAUUGGGGAGAGUAGAAAUAGUAUCCCUUACGGUAGGUGCGAGGGCCAAAGAAGGAAAGGGGGAGGGGGAGGGGGAGGGGAGAAAAAAAAACCCUUCCCGCUCCCCUUGACCCGCCCCAUCUCCUCCUCUCUUCGGGAAGUUUCAACAUGGCGCUUUUGCGAGCAAAUUGCGCGCUCAAAGAAAACGCCUGCACUGCAGGCUACGCUAAACUUGGCCCUGAUUUCAGGUUAUCCGGUGGAUAGAGCUAUCAAACGUUUCAACAACAGGGACCAGAUGUUUUCAGAAUAGAUUGCAGUAAGGGGAAAAAUUGCCGUUUACGUUUGCUGAUAUUUUCCUGAUCUGAUGAAGUCAAAAGCAUGAAUAACUGCGUAAAAUUGGUUUCGAGCUGGUUCGAGAUAGCAAUAAACGCACGGCGAGUGUCGAAAAGGAACUCUCACAAGGAGCCAUUUUUUUUACUGUGGUACUUUGAACGGAAAUUGAUUUUGCUGUAAAAUUAAAUCUGGAUGUGUCUGAAAAUGAUAGAAAAAAUCUAUCAUAGCCAUUCCGACUAAUUGACAAAAUAACUUCUCUAAACCAAAUUUAUUAUCAGUAAAGAAGGUCCAGUCAAAACAGUCUUGAUUGAAAUAAAAGCAACUCCUUUUUGUGCUUGAAUGAUGUUGUUUUCGUCGGCAAUUUUGUCCUUUGCUGCCAGUUUGAACUUAAAUUCCUCCUUAGUUAUCGAAAGCGAUUGAAAAUGAUCUAGAGUCAAUCCAAUGACAAGCUACACAAUCAAGCCGUAGCCGUUUCAUACUCUUCAGUUACCUGUGCAUUUUAAAGUUUUUCAUUGAAUUUCCCGGACAGGUGUAUUUGUUAGCUUGUUUCUCCAAAAAUAGACCUAUUGUCUCGUUUAUGCAGCCUGGCAUUAAAUCUCAUGAGUAUAAACCCCAGCUAUCUUACCGAAUAGUUAGAAAAAAAACGGACCAUCGCGGCGCGCUUGAGGUUGUUACGAGCAUUCGAGAAAAAAAAAUUGUCGAAAAUAGACACUGACAAAUUGGCUGUUGUGUUUUAUGCGUGCCGUGAAAUUUUAAGCAAUUAUUUUAAAUCCUUGAUAUUGUAGGUUAUUGUCGGCAGCUGGUUUUUGAAUAAUUAAAACACGGCGUCAUUAGUGCUUAAUGGUCCGAGACGUCUUUGACUGUUUUCAUUUGCAUUCACUCACUACAAUUUUCACUCUCCACGCGUGAACAAUCACAGUGAUAUUGUGGCAAAAGGUGUUUGUGGGAUAGUCUUUAUCCAGGUUUGAUAAUUUCAACUCGAUUUUUUUCCAUUAGUUUGAUGAGGUAAAACGCACCAAUUGCGUUUUAACGUCCAACAAACGUUUUUUAUAGUCGUUUUCGCAAUUUUCUCGUUAAUACGCCACCAGUCGAAUGUCGGAUGAGACUAAAAUUUCAUGUCCAGGGUUCUAUCAAGGGUAUUUAUGGGGCAGAAGCUUCCCCUCCAAAAUGUCCAGCUUCCCCCCCAAAAAAUAUUCUUAUCAUUACGGUAUAUAAGUAACUAUAUUGGAAAAAUCAUCCAGACGCGACGAAGUCAGUGCACAUGAAACCUGGUGGCUCAACGGCAGUUAGCUGUAUUUCAGUAAUAAACAGAAAACGCAAAAAUACAUUGCAGUUGUUUCUGUCUUAAGACAUCCCUCAAUAGAGGCACUGUUGUGUAAAGCGGCGAAUUUAAAUUCAUCCCAUAAACAAAAACGUCAAAACAAUGGCACACUGCUGCUCGCAGUGCCACUGGAAGCGAGUUAACUGACUAAGUCAGUAUCCUACAGAUUUAGGUAAGUGAAACGAGGAUACGUUUAAACCGAAACACUCCAACGGAGGUUUGUGAAAGCGUCACUCGACCGAGCGCGAGACGUCGGGAGUGACUUGAUAUAGAAACUUUGGGUUGGCGUUGGUGUCCUAGAAGGGUACCGAACCAAAGCUGUUACGAAUAUCACCAGAUCAGCUACGAAAGCGAUGCGAUGGAGGUAUUCGUAAUAGCACCCUACGCUUCCGGUUAUGUUCCAGUGAAGGAGACCUUUAUAUUAGACUCUAUACCUUUAUUCUUAAACUUGUGGUAUGGGCUAAAAUGUUUUUUCCAUUGAAAUGAAGUUUUUACCUCGAUCAUAACACAAAACAUCGUCAAAUAGACGCAUUUUAAUGUAACUAGAUCCAAACGAAGCUAUUUUCUGGUCAGAAACAAUUUAAAAUCGGAAUUAUCCUCUGCGCAUGCGUAUCAAAAAAUUGGUUAUUCUUCCUCUAGACUUUCACGUUUUCAGUAAAAUGUUUAUUGUUUUAUGUUUUUGUUGUUUUUGAUUGCCUGUUCCUUUUUCUUUUAGUUAAUUUUAGAAAUAUAUAACUUUUAUUUUUUCUUAACGUUUUACUGGACAUGAGCUUUAUAUCUUAGUCACAGAGUUUACUUAAUUUGUUAGAUUUUUUUAAGCUAUAUAUGUUACCUUUUUUCAAUUUUUAUCAACUUUUGUUAACUUAGUUUCAUAUCUAUUCACAUAGUUCACUUAAUUAGUUAAAAUUUUAGUCACAUGGGGUAGGACAAGAGGGCAAAUUUUUUUCUUUGUUCCACGUUCUUCCUGUCCGUUCUCCAGUUUGGAAAUUGAUUGUGUUUGUUGUCAAACGUCGAUUUUCUUUCAGGUGACAGCUGUUUUUCCGGUGGGAAAUGGGCAGUGUAUUGCUCUGGGCUAUGAAAGUGUACUGCCAUUAGUGCUUCUCACGCUCCAAGGAGGUGAUUUGAAGCCGUACGAAUUUCCCACAGAAGGUUCUAAGGCCAUGUCUGGGACAGGUGUGUUUCAUAGCUACUUUGAGCCCGGGAAGGGGGGUAGGGUACUCCGAAUUUCAAGUGAAGGGGAUGUUCGAAGAAUUUUUGGGGGUUGGAAAUUGUCGUUUGCGGGAGUUUUUUGGGUAAGAAAAUUUGGCAAGUGUUUUUUUGGGUAGCUUGACUUAAGUAGGGAUUUGUUUUGGUUUGGGUAUUUAAAACAAUCUGGAGAUUCGUGGUCAGUAGUGCCCGCCUAUCCCACUCAAUCAUCCCCAUCCUAUCCCCAGGCCCACCCUCAAUCAUCGCAAACAGGACCCUUUAAUCUAACAUCAUAAAAUUUCAUUUUUUUUUGGAAAAGCAUUGUUGGUUCCAUACAUGUAAACCGCUCAUCGCCAACUUUCGCACUCUUUUAAAGGCUUCCGGUCCAAGAAAAGACCCUGUUCAAGACGCUAAAUAUUGAAAAUUGUACUCCUGCUGAAGACUCUACGCCCUUAAAACCAUAUCCUGUUCAGCGGCGAAUACCUGCAACUUAUUAUAAAGGCCAAAUAAGGGAGUGCUCCCUCGGGGCCAGCAUUUUGAAUGUGAGCUAACCUCACAGAAUGCGCUCUUAUGAGAUGUAAAACACGACUCUUUUACGUAGCUCAUGACUGGGCUAGUCCCCUUGCACGGACGCCGCGAGUUCUUAAGUGACAAGCUUUUUAAUUCCAUCCUGUGUAAUCCUUCACAAAAGCUGCACACACAGUUGUACAUGGUAGCUUACUCCCUACUAAGAACAAUACUAAGAACAAAUGCGAAGUCAAUUCAAGGAGUCAGCGCUUUUACCACACCAUCCGUACUCGCAAUAGUUUUAUCCGUCAUCAUGUCAAUAAGGCGAUGAUGUAAAUAGUUCCACUUUGUAUUUUUUUACAUUUUAAAUGCGUGAUUUUUAGAGUUUAAGCUUUCAUUUUUGUUGAAAAUCAUACGUAAUUCAGCCUAUGGCUGCAAUGGUUUUUAUUAAUUAAGCUAUCGAUCGAUCGAUCGAUCGAUCUAUCUAUCUAUCUUAUUGGCUUUGUGUGCCAUGUUCGAUUUAAAGUUGUCCACAUGUUACCCUUCAAACUUAAUCCACGGCAAAUGUGUCAAAUUGCGUGACGUGCGAGUCACGGACAUAUAGACAUUUGGGUGUUAGGAAAACAAUAAGUUGGUGAAUUGUUAUUUAUUUUCCCAGAUGUCCAGAUAGUAUUUGAAGGCAUCAAGGGAAAAUUUGUCGAAGAAGAAAGCGAUACAGACAGCCAAGAUAUAGAGACUGAAAAGCCAAAGCAACACGGAGAGGAUAUAGUGGGGCAGUGACUGAUUUGUCACGCAAGUUGCAUGACAUCCAUCGUAAUUGGUCUAUUGUGUACAGACGUUUUCGUCGCAGUUUGUCACUCAAAUGUUCUUGUUUUGCUUCGGUUGGUCUUACAGCCGUCCUGGAGACUACAAUUUUUUUUAGUGUCCACAGAACUGCCCAUUCGUGAUGUAUGUUGAUAGCGUUGCGUGACAAAUUGAUAGCAUUACGCAAGUUUUGUAAAAAGUAUGUAACUAUGGAAUCAGUUUUAAAUGUCAGGAAGACAAAGGUUUUCUUGCAAAGAACAACAUAGGUGAUAGGUUUUACAAUGGACGAAAUCCAAGUGGAACAUUUCUAAUUAGUUCUGUAAUAUUAAAAUGUAUUUCAGUAUUUAAAAGUAGGCGUUAACAAGAUUAAUAUUUAGUAGUAUUUUUCGUAGCAAAGUGUAUUUUAAAGUAAAAUCUUUAUUAGUGACCUAGGCUAAUUUUUAGGGACUGGUUUUUUAUUUCAUUUGUAAUACAGAAAGUUUGUGAGUAUUAAGUAGAUGUAUAUUGGUCUCCCCAGUUAGUAAAGCGCUGCGCCUGAGCCAC